UUUUGGAAUAUCAGUGCGACUAAUUCGAUAGUUACUCGGAAGAAUUAAUAAUAAUCGGUGAAUACAAUAGAGGCAGUUCGCGUCCAAAUUGUGUUUCCUGGUUUCACUCGAUUGUCGCUGAAAUAGACGGAAGGAAGACGCAUUCAUGCUCUGUUUCAGCGGCUCGAAUUCACUGAGUUUCUACAGGAUAUACCUACUGAGAUAUUUUAAUGAUGCCACCACACGUAGAUGCGUCUUCUUGCCUUUUUAUGAGCUUUGAAAGUGUCAUUGCAGUUGUCUUUAUCACAGAAACAUAAAAAGGACAAUGACCUGGCUACUUUUCUCCUCGUCUAAAUGCUAGAUUUUUAUCAGUUUUUACCUUCAGUAUUUUAUGUUUCGGCAAUCUGCAGAUCUUUUUCUUCUUAUUACAAUUUACGGUAGCAGUCUUAUCACGUUGAAAUUGAAACAGAUGGUGUCAGCCUUUAAGGUAUCAGUGAUCUUGCUACUGACAUAUUCAUCGAUCAGUUCUGCUCGUUCGAACAUCGGCAAUUGGGAAGCCUGUGGUGGAAGAUUGGAACGUGCCCUAGAUGCACUUCACAAAGACUCGAGUAGAAGGAAAGGACUUGAAGAGGAGGAAGCGGGAAUGUUUUAUCAACAAGAACUCCGUUCUGUACCACUUGAGAUGUCAGUCUCCCGGAUUGCUGUUAAGUUGGCACAAGGUGCUAGAAACACCGGAAAUCCAUGGGCCAGGGUCGAAAAAUGUAUUUACGAGCCUAGCAACAAUUCUCUGCAGACUCGGGUCAUGUUUAAUGAUUUAUCCGUCUCUGGGAUAGUUUCGUUAAUGCCACGGGAUCAUCAGCCACCUAUACCUGCUGAAUCUUGUACGAUGACUCUAAGAUUGAGACGGGCAGGUGUUGACUUUUUAACAAGUCCAAUCGCUCGUGGUAGAGGACAGAUGCGCAUUCGAACGGAGUCCAGCUUCUUAGAGCCCAGAUUUGCUUCUAUCUACGCUUACGGUUGUCGCCCUACGCGUUUAGACAAGCAAAUUAAAAGACAAGACAAGUGGCCUCCAUUUUAUCCACCUCGAGACGAGUAUGGGCUUCUGCCCCUAACGUUGCACGAUGAUUAUGAAGCAGCGGAACCACGUCAAUUUGUGGGUGUUUCAAAAGAAGUAGAUAUCGUUAUACCAAACGAAACUCGCCAGUCUCGUAUCGUAAGCGCGCCUCUUACGAAAUUAGGAAUAUGGAGAAAAAACAUUUGGCUCACUAAAUCUCCACCAAGAGAAAAGCGAGCCCUGGACGAAUCUGACGUUGUCGUAAGUUCCUCGAGCGUUCGCCGCUUUCCAGGAUCUUUCGAAAGUGGUCAGGAAGCCAGCAGUCAUCCCAUGAAGAUAUUACGAUCUACGGAGACAAUUACUCCUGAAGAUUUCGCAACAGCAUUGACCAGUAAACGGUCGAAAACCAACGAAACUGGCAAUUGCACCGAACAAUAUCAAACGAGGCAAAGCAACUUGAACAAUAUAACGAAGAUUCUCCCGAAAAAUUUAGACGACAACAGCGAAUCAAAGGCGAACGUUAAAAGAGAAAAUAGCUAUCGGAUAAGUGAAAACGAUGCCCCGAAAGAAACCAGACAUUUGUAUAUCGAUGAAACGUUGGAUAAUAUUUUCCCAAUUGACUUAGAAAACGAUAGUAGAAGUUGGCAGUCGAAAGAACACGUCGCCAGAGAAAUGGAAGAUGUGUUUUUACGCGGUGCCAGCCAGGCUUUGACCAGAUACAUAGAGAAACAGCUACAUCCUGCUAUUAAAGAGACACUUAUGAUAUCCAUGGGAUAUACUAUCAGUUACGGAUAAUACGUCAUUCUUUCAUUGAUUAGUACCAAUUUGUUGUAAUUCAAUUUUUAGAAAAUUUGUAUAGAUAUUGUAGGAACACGAGCAAAAAAUCAGUAUCGUCGUUGUAAUAACGUUAAUUUCUAGUCUUUAAUGCUGAUGUCUAGAAAAGUGAAAUGAUAAAUAUUUUAUUAAAAAAUUCUUUGUUUUUAAAUAAAUCAAGUUGCAAAGUU